CGCCCACUCCCGUCACCGACAUCCGCACGGACCGGGUGGAGCAGAAGAGCAUCUCCUUGUCCUGGCAGGAGCCGGGCUUGGCCCCCGCCAACGGCACCGAGUACGAGGUCAAGUACUACGAGAAGGAUCAGAGAGAUCAAAGUUACUCAACUGUGAAAACCACAUCAACGGCCGUGACGGUCAAUAACCUGAAGCCUGGCACACUCUAUAUUUUCCAAAUCCGGACGUCUUCCUCCGCAGACUAUGGGAGCUCCAGCCCCAGCAUCGAGGUGGAGACGCUGGCAGAGCUGACGGUGGCCUCCAGCGAGCAGAGCCCCGUCCUCAUCAUCGCGGUGGUGGCCAUCGCGGGGCUGAUGGUGCUGGUGUCCAUGGUGAUCGGCGUGAUGGUGUGGAGGCGGCAGUGCGGGUACAGCAAGGCCAGCCAGGACGGGGACGAGGAGCUCUACUUCCACUUCAAAAUACCGACCAGGAGGACCUACAUCGACCCUGACACCUGCGAAGACCCCAUGCAGGCCGUGCACCUCUUCGCCAAGGAGCUGGAUAACGCUAGCGUGAAGAUUGAGAGGAUCAUCGGCACGGGCAAGUUCCUCUGUGGCGUGGUGGCCUGCACCAUGGGCCAGUUCGACCACGCCAACGUCAUCCGCCUGGAGGGCGUCAUCACCAGGGGGAGCACCAUGAUGAUCGUGAUGGAGUACAUGGGCAACGGGGUGCUGGACGCCUUCCUCAGGAAGCACGAGGGGCAGCUGGCAGCCGCCCAGCUCGUCUGCAUGUUGCAGGGCAUUGCCUCGGGCAUGGCGUACCUGGCGGAGAUGGGGUACGUGCAUAGGAGCCUGGCCGCCCACAAGGUGCUUGUGAACAGCAGCCUGAAUUGCAAAAUCACCGGCUUCAGGCGGCCUCAGGAGGACAAGAUGGAGACCAUCUUCUCCACCAUGGUGAGCUGCAUUNNNGUCCUGUGGCCGCCCCCCGAAGCCAUCCAGUAUCACCAGUUCAGUCCGGCCAGCGACGUGUGGAGCUUCGGCAUCGUCAUGUGGGAAGUGAUGUCCUACGGCGAGAGGCCCUACUGGGACAUGUCCAACCAGGACGUGAUGAAGGCCGUGGAGGACGGUUUCCGCCUGCCC